UUUGAAUUUUCUAUGUGGUUGGCGAUAGUGUAGCGCUGGGCCACGAUGACAGGCCGGGAGCGAACCCAAGAAAAGUGUAUAUUUGGCCCGUCGGCGCGCGCAUUUGCGUUAAUUCUGGGAUUAGCGUGCUCUUCGAAACGAAGCCGUUGCGAGAACGAGGCAGGACCGCUUGCGAUAUUUAACUACCCUUGCACGCGCGUCCUGGGUGGCUGCUUUCUGUUCGAGUGUCUCUCUGCUUUCUGUUCGGCGCGCUCUGUUUUACCGCGCGCCGCCUCGAUGGACAUGGGGGGGCGUCUCCAAGCCCCAGUGCCGCCGCCCGCAUGUGUCUCGCACGCAUGCGUCUCCCCACCCGGGACAGCACUUCGUCGUGGCCCCAUAAUGAGCCCCACCGAAUGCGUUGGUCACAAAGCAUGUGUGUUUCAACGCCGUUUUGUAUUGUUUUAAUUUUCCACCCGCUCAGCGGCAUCUGGGGUGACUUUAGGGUAGACCCUCCCCCUCACCCCGCCCUCUCCUUUAUCCCCAGGUUGCACGUGAAGGCCGCGUCGGACGACUCUCAGAAAUUGAUCCAAUAUGUGCGGGCCGUGGUGGACGUGCUCACGUCAGGGUCAUCGCAGGACGUCGCCGCUGCGCAGGAGAGCUUGGGCGCCAGAUCCGGCAGGGCUUUCAAGUUGGCUCUCCUGAAAUCCGAGUUCGGGAAGGCCACGUGGGCAGAGGCGGAGAUGCGUUGCGCCGCUGGCGCUCUCGACGACCACAGCGUGGACCUCCUCGGCAAGAGCAUGGGGGUCUUCGCGCAGGGCAUCAUACUAGUUUCGGUGGAUGCCAAGGUGUGGACAGGCGUUGAUAUUUCGGAUAAUCGCCGUGGCCAGUACGCCGACUUGCUAGCAGAUGCGUUUGCGGAUGUCAUGGAGGCUUUCCAGUCAUGGUCGCAGCAGGGGGCCGAGGCGUCGCCCAAGCAGCUGGUGGAGUUCUUCGGCAAACUCUUGGAGUCUAUCAACAUGUUCGACUGGUGCGAGUGGGCUGCUUGCGCGGGCGCAUUGCGUCGGGCCCCUUUCGGUCCUCGCCUACGUUCCCGAGGGGACUGCAACGACCUUGCGCACGGAUGCGGCCAUGCGCGAGGAGGCGAGAUUAUUCCUCGGCCGAGUCGGGAACAUGAAUUUCAUGCGAUGCUCCUUCGUUAACUUGCUCCGCAGGCUCGACGAGGCCAAGGGGCGUUUCAAGGUCAUCGGUAGCAGUUGCGUUGAUUUGGCCAGCUUGCUGGAGAAGGUUUCGACGGUGGAGGUUCCCAGGCUGCAACAGCAUUGCGAGUAUCGCGCGGGACUCAUGGGAGAGAUGGGCGCCAUCUGCGCGGCGAUGCAGGCGCCUGCUCCAGCGUCGGUCGACGACCUGAUUAAGAGCUACGCCCAGGACAAGGACAAGUCGCUCCUGAAGAUGGCUUGCGACAUCGCCUCCGCCAGCGCCUUCGCAGGCGGCAUGAACACGUCCCCGUUCGAAUUGUACGGCGACGCCCCAGCAUGUGGCGACGAGAAUUGCAUCUUGAGUUCCACAGACUUGACCACGCUGCUGAACGGCAUGCCCGCGGGCAUCGGGAUGGGCAGGGAGAUCGUCGAUGUCGUGAUAGUCGGCACUUACCAGCAGGUGAGCGCGUCGUGGGUGGACGCCUCAGCCCCAGCUUGGCGUCUCCUGGAUGCUGCGCCCGUUUCGCGGGAUAGCGACUCUUCGCUGCGCUCUCUGUUGGCGCCGCUACUCGGCGCGGAUUGGGCGCAGAGGUCCGAGCGGUUUCUGGAUGAAGGCGCCCGCGAUGGCAUUCCAGUGGGGUCCUCUCUGAGCGAGCUGACCGUCCACCGUACGUGCGACGUUCUCGGCGCCCUCCUUGACACGCUCGGCCCCCUCGACGCAGCCGCUGCCAUCGAGUGGCUGCCGAAACUUUGGUCGCCACCAGAGGCAGAGGCUGCCGACGAUGGGGGCGCCCGCCUGGAAAUGCGCCGUAAGGCGGUUGAGUGGAGCCAGGUGGUCACGAAGGCAACCCAGCUUAUUACUCUGGCCGCCCACCUUGCGCAGCGGUACGAAACCAAUGACCAGUCGGUGACUACUUCCUCAGGCGACGAUGCUGGCACGGUGACGCACAAGGUCGACAAGUACGUCGUCGGGGCAGUCAUUUCUUUCAACGAGCUUGCCGCAGAUAUCGCAUCGGAUUGCAAGGCAGGUGGCGAUAGCUUCGACGGGUUCUCCUCGAAGUGCGCGGCCUUCGCGCAAUCGUGGGGCGAGGACUUCUGGGACCUCAUCGCGGCACGCCUCUCCGACAGGCUCCACCGCGUGUCCCAGGCCACCAGGCAGCUUGCGCCUGGUUGGAAGAGCUACAUCACAGACACGAAACAUUCCAAGGCGCUUGCAGUGAAGCAUUUGCUCACCCCCAGUGCGAAGGAAACGUUGCCGGCGCAGGCUGAUGCGCAGUGCGACUUGCAGCAGCCCAUCGCUGAGGCGUUCGCCAACGUGAACGCCCUGCCCCCGAGCGAGCACCCCUGCAUGUCCAAGACCUACAAGCUCGGCAACUCGCUUCUAGAGGAGGCGCAGGAGUGCGUCAACAUCGUUGCGGCCGUGACGAUUCUAGAGAACACGAAGCCCGCCCCCCAGCCGACAGCUGCGUCUUUGCUGCUGGACACGAUCGGCGAAAAUUUGUCGGCCUACCCAGCGGCGCUGGUGAAGCCGCUGCAGCUCCUGAAGAGCAAGAAGAUGUAAGAGCCCUGGCGCGCGGCGCCCGUCACCCCAGGCAGCUGGCGCGCAAGUGUGCGCCAUGCUGCUGCCCAGUUUGAGCCUCGGCAGGCCGCGGAACUGUGCUGCCCGUCUUCGGUUGCUUGCGCGGCGUGGGCCGCUGCUCGCAUUCGAGGUCAUUCUUCCUGGCGUCAGACACCAGCGCGGCCUUGCCAGCAGAGCGCCCUUUUGGGGAAUGAGUUCGCUUGAGGC